AUGAAAUAUUCAUUAAUUGUUUUCAUUUUAUUUGCUUGUUUAAUUGUUAGUUCGUUUUCAGAUGACUCACCAUGUUUGACCGAUCCAACGACAGAUCCAUGCAAAAACUACACAUAUGAUGCCACUGCCGAUCUCAACACUCUGUGCGCAGCCAACAAUAAUGGCUCAAUGGUAAUUUGUUCCAUCGGCCUUGCUUGUACCGGUGCCAAGUCGAAUGUCGGAGUGUGUGCUCCAUUCUCACUUUUGGCUGACGGUUGCACUGGAGAAUUCAAAACCGCUGACGCUUGCAAGAACUAUAAUGCGUUGUGUGCUGCCAAUUCCGUUGUUGAGCAAUGCAAGACUCAAGCAGCUACACCAAAUCUGCCAACAACAGCCAAAGUCAACACGGAAAUCGUAUCGAUCUGUACAGAGAUGCCAACGAUGAAAGAUUGUGCCACCUGUCCGUACAAUACCACAACUACUGGAACUCCAAUGAAUUGUGAUUCAUUCAAGGUCUACAGUGCCCUUUGCAUUGACAUGCCAAAGAUGAGUCAAUGCGCUGACUAUAACAACUACUGUAAGGAAGGAGAACCCAUUCCAAAAUCUUUAAUCGGUUCCAACUAUUGUGAUACACCUGGAUCUGCUUCAUCUCUCAAAGUAUCUUUUGGACUCCUCUUGUUAUCAAGUUUCAUCUUGACAUUAUUAAUUAGAGAUUUAAUAUUUGAAUAUGUUAGAGUAAUAUCAAAGCAGAUUGUAAAGAGUGAUAUGCUAAACACAUUGAAAUGGCAUCAAGUCAUAACGAUACCUCAUCAAAUGGUUGCAUAUGGAUACUUUGAUCAAUUAAAGGAGUUUUACGAUGGUAAAUUGAAUCACAAGUUUUGGGCUGACGAUGAACAUAGAUCGUAUGUCAGUAUGCGUGCCGCUGAAAUGUCGAUACAGGUCAAUAGAAUCGAUAUUCUCAAGUUCUACAUCGAUCAAGUUAAGAUACCAACCAAUACGAGUACAUUGAUGAUCUAUGUUGCCAAGUAUGGACGUUUAGAGAUGAUGGAGUACUUACACAGGCGAGUACGUGAUUCCGGAUGGGAUUACCGAACCGCUCUAAAAAUGUCGCCAAACAGCAAGAAUUUCGAAGUUUUUAUAUGUUUCUUAAAGAAAUACUUGGCAAGUCAACAACAUUUAGGAUCUGACGACAGCCAGCCAUUUUAUAGUUUAGAUAAUACCUUGAAUAUCACAUUUGAAUGUGCAUUGGAAGCUGGUCAGUUGGAAAUCAUGGAUUAUUUGUACAAUAAUUAUAACAUCGAUAUUCAUUCAGAGAAAAUAGUAGAGAUCCCACUUAAAGUUGGUGAUAUCAGGUUAAUAGAGUGGCUGAUAGAUAGGAAUGUAGAUAUUUGGGGAUUGUACAGAGAUUGUUGUAUUCUAGAUCGAGCUCUUCUCUAUGGUAAUCUCGAACUUGGUAAAUGGAUCCAUGAGAAGCAUACUGGCAGCAAUAUCGAUACUGUCAUUGCAUCAGCGAAUGCAAUGGAUAAUGCAGUCCUUAGUAAAAGACAAGAUAUAGUUGAAUGGCUACACUAUAAUAGAAGUGAAGGUUGUACGCCUAGUGCUAUGGAUUAUGCUUCAUCGAUUGGAUCAAUCACUGUGCUGCAAUGGUUCCAUUGUAAUAGAACUGAAGGAUGUACAUUCUUGGCGUUAGACAAUGCAACACAAAUGGGCAAUAUCGAUGCAGUUCGAUGGCUUCACGAGAAUCGUACUGAAGGUUGUUCAAUUAAUUCCUAUAUCAAUAGUAUUAGAAUGAAUUAUCUAGAGAUCUUUAAAUUCCUUCUAGAGAAUCGCUCGGAUUUCCCAAAAGAGAAAAUAGCGUCACUUAUAAAAUAUACAUUAAGAUAUUCAACUGAGUUUCUAUCUUACUUUUACGAAAACUAUCACUACACUGUAAACGAAAUAGAUAGUCACAUCAGAAAGGCAAUCAGUAGCUCAAAUAAAUAUCAAUUAAAAUGGUUACUCAAACGACAUAUCGAUUUAUUCAAACAAAAUAAUAAUAAUAAUAAUGUAGAUAAUCUCAAUCGACUUGAUAUUAAUCACCUAAUUUCAGGUACCAACGACUCACAAAUGCUAUUGAUAUUGAAUGAAUUCAGAAUAGAAAAUUUAGGAAUAGUCUAUUUCAAAGAAAGAAAUUCAUUUUGGUUUCAACUAAUAAUUAUGGUUUCAUCAAUAAUAAUAUUAAUUAGUUUAUUUAUUCAAUACUUUAUUUAA